AUGGAGGUAUCUGGAAAGAGACGUGACCCUGACCUUAACAAGGGCUCCGAUGACACAACUGUCUACUGUCAGCCGUGUGAAGAGGAAGGCAAACGCUCUGUAGCCCAGGGAUUCUGCCAGACCUGCCAAGAGUACAUGUGUGAUCCCUGUAUCAUGGCCCAUAAGAAAUUCAAGGUGUCCAGGAACCACAUUAUGUUGUCCAAAGAUAAGAUGCCGUCCUUCUACCCGUCCACUAAGCAGUCUGACUUGGGCGUAACUGAAUAUUGUAAAACACAUCCGAAUGAGAUGAUCAAGUUUUACUGUCCGACCCACAGCGACCUUGGUUGUAGCGACUGUGUAGUCAUCGGUCAUCGCACGUGCAAAGUCGACUACAUUGCUGAUGUGUCUAAGGAUUUCACCAAUGAAAGGGAAUUCAGGGAGCUGGAACCAUCUAUUAAACGAGCGGAAGAUCUUCUAUCUGGGUGCAUAAGUAAAGUAAAGGAGCUUUUUGACGAGGUCAAACACAAGUCUAAGGAUGAGAUCGACAGACUGAGAAAGUUCCGUGCAGAAAUCAAUACCUACCUGGACCGACGCGAGAAGGAGUUGCUCGGCAACAUCCAGAAAAUGAAGACCGAGGAUGAAAGCGCGCUGACUGAACUGAAGACUGAUUGUGAGUUGGCGAAAUGCGGACUUGAGGCCACUAGGACAGAACUGACUUCCGUGGACGUCUCGGUGAACCAGCGGUACGUGACGGCAAGGAGAGCCCAGAAGGAACUACGGGAGAUUCAUAACAAGAUGGAGAAGAUGGCUGGUAGGAUGAAGGCGGCCCGGAAGUAUCGAUUUGUUGAAGACGCGGACACGAAACGGCUGCUGGGAUCGAAAAUGGGCCUUGGAACACUGAACAUGGCGGGAGAGCUUGGUAGGAAUAGAAUGCUUAAUUAUUACUAUCUCCCAAUAAGUUAG